GUUAACUGCACGACGAGGACGCCUUUUUUCAGCAAAGGGCUCCGAGGGCAACCUGGACUAAGACAAAAGACUUUCACCAGUUCUGUUCAUCCGUCAGGUCAUGAGAAAUUACCGUGGUUCAUGGGGUGCGUCAACGCCAGCGACUUCUCUUUCCUCAGACUUUAUACACCCAGGGGUGCCCAUGACCUUGACCCAGUAACCUGCUCUGUGCGCUGUCUGGAUGAGGGGUACCACAUAGCAGCGUUGACCUUGGAGAGUUGUUACUGUGGCAACCACCCGAUACAUGGUUUGGUCCUUAAUGAGUGUUUCAAUACAUAUUCCAAUGGAGGGUCAGCUGUCAGGGGAGAAAGUGAAAGACAAAGUGUGCUGUACUUGCCUGUUGGAGGCCGAGAGGGGAUUGUGGCACUCUACAGAACUGAAGGACCAUUUCUGCACAGUAUUAGUCUGUGUACAAAUUUAGACAGAGUGCAGGCUGGAAAGUCUUUUGUUGUGGAAGUUUCUGGAAACCUGGCUGGACAUACCAACCAGGCCACAGGGAUUCUGAGUCUGGGAGUGCAGGACCUCUCUUAUGUCACCGUGGAGUUCCUGGACACGACCCCUAAAGGUCAAAGUUCACAUCAUGUCAGCUUGUUGGAUGAUGGUUCUUUUGAAAGGUCAUUUGACUGGAUUUUGGAAACUCCAGGAAAAUAUGAAAUCAAUGUCAGUGUCUCCCACCUCCUCUCAAAACUCUCCUCCACCCUCCACCUCUCCGUCUCACAGCCCUCUCCAGGUGGAUUGGUGAUCUCUGUGCUCCAUGGGCCCCUGGGCGUCCCUUCCUGCAUACACCUCCAACAGACAGACUUGCACAGUAUGGCUAUGCAAGCAGUAUACCUGGGUGACCCUGUCACACUGCAGGCAUAUGUAGUUGUGCGUCUUGCUGUUUCUGACCUUAAAGUGAGUGUUUCGAGGAAUCAUCUAAGAGCUGGAGAGUGCAUUUCUGUGGAUGUGGAACUGUUCACCACGAAGCAAUUACUUGUCCUCAACCUCACACUUAAUCCUGAGUAUGACCACAUUUAUGAGAACAGUGUCGACCUCAGCAGCAAAGGAAAGGAUUAUAAUACCUGCAGCGCGGGCAACAUUGACAAUAACAGCCACAGCAUCGACAGCAUAAUGUCUAUUGUCAUGGUGGCAGCCACUCCUAUCCCCACCACUUCAUCCUUCUCCACCUCCUUCACACCUACAAUCAGUCCAGCUGCCGUCUGCACCUCCACCUUCAUUGCCGCCUCCCCACCACAGCAGGACAGUAUCGCCUCACAGUAUCUGUUUUCUCCACUCCUGAUCCUUCUGCGGAUCUAUGCAGCAAAGCAAGCUUAUUCCACAAAUACAGAUAUAACCUUCCUGGCUGUGGCUGAUGUACCAGACCCUGUGGAGUUCAUCUGGCACUUUGGAGACUCCAUAUCAGCCGGCACCACCUCAAGGACCGUUACCAAAAGAUACCACAAACCUGGCAGGUUUGAUGUAGUUGUAGUUAUGUCUGGUGGUCACACUUCCAUCACCUCUGAGGUGUUCCCGCUGGUAGUCCAGAGAGCAGUGAAGCUCAACAAGCUGGUCCACCAGGCCUCAGUCCUGCAGAAUCAUACAGUGACAGUGAGUUGCCGGGUCAAUGUCGGGACCAACCUCACCUUCCUCUGGAGCUUUGGAGACGGAUCAUCCAGGCUGGGACAGAGCACAGAACAACAUGUCUUUCACAGAACAGGAGAGUUCAGAGUCGAAGUGACUGUGUCUAACUUGGUCAGUUCUGCCUCUUUGAGCAGUCACAUCUUUGUUGUGGACCGCCCUUGUCAGCCUCCACCGGUCAAAAACAUGGGUCCUCUCAAACUACAGGUGCGACGAUAUGAGGUUAUCUUUCUGGGGGUGACCUAUGAGACUGAAAUUGACUGUGACAUAUCAGGAGGCCUUCAAUACACCUGGACCCUGUUUGACUCUGCAGGCCAGACCUUCCAUUUGCCUCUCAUAGACACACAAAGACAGAGUCUCACACUACAGAGCCAUCUCUUGCACUAUGACACCUACACUGCUAUAGCCAGGGUCCAGGUCAUCGGCAGUGUGGUGUACAGUAACUACAGUGUGAGAGUUCAGGUGAUGCCGAGCCCUCCUGUGGCUUUUAUCCAGGGUGGCACCAACGUCUUCAUUAACAACAGGAACACCACCAUACUAACCCUGGAUGGGCAGAGAUCUUACGACCCUGACUUCCCCAUGAACCCACUCAGUUACAGCUGGACAUGUAAACCACUCAGCUCCAUCACCACCUCCUGUUUCAACCAACAAAUUCCGACCUCCUCCCCUGCGCUCACAUUUCCUGUUAGUUUCUUCAAGGACAACUUUGACCAGUUCCAGUUCACACUCACCAUACACAAUGGAGAGCGUUCAGCUUUAUCAGAGACCUUUCUCACAUUAAUACCAAAUCUGCGUGGGAAGGUGUCAGUUUAUUGCCGUCUUUGCCAAGGAGACCAGGUGAAUUGGGAUCAGUCGUUCUCUGUCACAACCUUGUGUGAAAACUGUGAUGUUUCCCCAAAACACAUCCAGUACACCUGGAGUCUGUACCUGGUCAAUGCAUCCUCCAGGCCUGUCAGAGAAGCCCCAUUUUGUUACACAGUGGAUCUCGGUACUCCUUCCACAAUCAUCAAGGGUCCUGCCAGUUCCCCUCAGAUUCCUGGGACUUCCACCAUGUAUCCAUCUGACACAGAUACUUCACACUACACCCGUACUGUCCCUGCCUCAGCCCCUGUUCUCCUGACUGAGACUGUCUCUAUAACUAGAGCCAGAAAGCUAAAUCUGGGCCUGACUGACAUUGGGACUUCUCCUCUUUUCUUCUCAGAGCCUGAGCCUUCCAGUGUCUCAGCUCCAGUCAGCACAAGAACAGGAGAGGAGCCCUUUUAUCAUUCCCUGGGAAAGUCUGACUCUCCAGAGCAUCACCCCUCCACUGAAUACCCGCCACUCACCCUUGACAACAGUGGAGUCCCAUAUUCAGAACACUCUGGCCAAAGCGACGUCAUCAGCGAAUUCCCAGUUCAUUCUGACUCCUCUGCUGAGUGGGAUUUGUCUUUUCCUUUCCUGAAGAGUGGGGACGUGGGAGGUCGACUAGAUUAUGAUGUUCCCUUCCCAAGUGCAGAAGAGGGAGACCCAGGGAUUUCAGCAGGAAGACCCACAGGUAUGGAUGGUGAGACCUUCAGUCCAGGAGAUGACACAGUGUUUGAUCCAGCAGUACAUGAAGAUGAAGGGAGUAAUUUGGUGGUUUCCAGACCCUCUGUGGUGAUCCAGGAGCCAACUUUGCUCAAUUUGCCCCGAGAACCAGUACACAGAGGCCUUUUUGAGUCCUACACUUACACGGGAAUUUCCUCCUCUCUGCUCAGUUUCAGACCCUUCAGUCUGAGGCCGGGGACCAGAUACAUGUUGGAGGUUACUGCCAAAUCUCAUAAUAGUUUUCUCGGCCGGACUCAGCUAUUCUUAAAAACCAGGCCUGCUCCAAAGGGCAUGAUGUGCCAGGUGCAGCCGGUCAAAGGAAUGGAGUUACACACACAUUUCAGCAUCUUCUGCACCUCAGGAAAAGAGGAUUUACUGUAUGAGCACAGCUUCAGUGCAGGAGGCAGACCCCCCAGGGUGCUGUACCAGGGGAGAGAUUUCCAGUACUACUUCAGCCUUCCUUCAGGUGAACCUAAUGACGACUAUAAAGUAACUGUUUAUACUGAAAUCAGAAGCAGUACAUACGGGACAGCCACUAAACCCUGUCCUGUCACCAUCCAAGUCCAACCAAGCUUCUUCAGAGACACUUCUUCCCUCCAUGAUCCUGAUCUGGAGCUUUUAGGGUCAGGUCUGAGGAACCUGUCUGCUCUGGUGCAGCUAAGGAACAGUAGGGAGAUUCGUAACUACAUCAGUCUCCUCUCCAGCAUUCUGAACAGACUCAGCCUGGACACCAAGGCAAACACACAUGCACAGAGACACCUACGCAGUGUGCUAAUUUGCACAGCGUGUGAGCUCGAGAGCAGUGAACAGGCAUCAAUGGUCGACAGUAUCUGCACUCUCAAAGACCUUUUACAAGUUACAAAUCAGGUAACAUUAGCAAGUGCCAGGCGAGUGACAGCUCAUGUUCAGGCCAUCUCAGACUUGUUUGUGGAGUCCAUUACUCCAGUCCGGUAUCAUUUGGACCACAACACUCUCAACACCCUUGUUUCCCUGCUCUCGUACAUCCUACAGGCUGCUGUCACAAAUCAUGAAUUCACACCUGAAAUGCACAACAUGCAUAAUAUUACACAGGUAUUGGAAUCAGACUCACCCACUGGUGAAAGCAUAAGACAUACCAUUGCCUCUCCUGAUGGCUGCAUAACAGCGUCAUCCACUGGUGACCAAAUCAAACAGGGAGGAUCAAUUUCAAAAAAGCAGAUGGCACAGCUUGUUGUUGAUAUUCUGCAGAUUGCGUCAGACCUGAUGCUGAGGUACAUUUUGUUCCACAAGGUCCAGGAGCACAGAGUCAGCACAGGUCUCAUCACCUUAUAUGCCACAUACCAAAACCAAACCUCCACAGUCAUCAGGAGUGGCUCAACCACCUACUACUUGCCUGCUUCUCUGAUCCAGCUUCUAUUUGUUCAUCACAGUGGAGAGACUGAGAGCAGGCAGCAUCAACCAUGUGUGCUCAUCAUGCUGACUGAGCUCGCCCACAGCCCUUACACCUGCACCCACUAUCCUACACAGCUCAGUGGACCAGUUGUUGACCUGAGUCUGUACAAGUGCAGCGAGAAGAGAAAGAUCCCUGGUCAUUCCCUUGUUCUGCCAAUAAACAUUGAACUGCAACAUCCACCAAGAAACAAAAGCUCUGUGCGAGAGUACGUCCUCCUCCGCCUCCAGGUCAACUACCACAGCUUCAACAUUACCCGGGACCACUUGCAACAAGCCAUCCAGUUGAGCGUGGUGUUCAUGCCACCACCCAACAAGGUGUUUCCCAUCAUGCUGCUCUUCAGGAUGUUUGAGAGGCCGACUCCCAGCAUGCACCAUCUGCACAGGAUUCACCACUGGGAGAGCAACAGCAUACACAUAACUCUACCCCCAUCCUACUUCAAUGCUGCAGGGAUUGGUUACCUGGCACUGCUAAGUGCUGAUUUUGGGAAAGCACCCAAACACAAGCAACUGAGCGAACAUAUCAGCUACAGUCUCACAAUGGUCAGCAGCCUGUGUUUGUCCUGGGACGGCCACCAGGGCACUUGGACACAUCAUGGCUGCAAGACACAGCAAGCAGACACAGUCACUACUGUAAAUUGCAGUUGUCACCAUUUGAGGCCGCUGACCGUGGUGCAAACCCAGAUCGAGAGCAGCCAUGACACAGCCAAUUUGGACCCGUUCCUAAGUGUGUGUCGUGAUCUGACUGUGCUGGUUGUACUGGUGCUGUGUGUGUUCCUGUACAUCCUGGGGCUGGUGGUGUGUAAGAGAGCUGAUGAAAUCUCCGAGAAGAAUCGCAGAGUCCACUAUCUUUCUGACAACUCUCCAUUUGACCCAUAUCUUUAUGCUGUAACCAUCCACACUGGUCUCUGCUCUGCAGCCAAUAUGAGUGCAAAGGUUUACAUAGUACUGUAUGGUGAAAAUGGUUUCUCACAUACAAGAGAACUACAAUUUCCAGGGGGUACUCUGUUCAGGAGGAACUCUCAAGACACAUUUUUAGUCAGUGCAGCAGACAGCUUGGGCCCUGUGUGGGGGGUUCACAUCUGGCAUGACAGCUCUGGCUCAUCCCCGAACUGGUACCUGAAACAAGUGGAGGUAUCUGAGGUUUUCAGAGGGCAUGUGAAAGGACGUUCUUGGCUCUUUGUCGGUCAGUGCUGGUUGGCUGUGAACAAAGGUGAUGGCCAAGUGGAGAGAAUGCUGCGUGUUUGCACCCACAGAAUAGGCUUUGCUAAGAUGUUGAGUUUUAAGCUAUCUAACUACUUGGCCGAUUUCCACAUCUGGAUAUCUGUGUACAGCUGCCCCUGCCCAAACUUGUUCACACACACUCAAAGACUUAGCGUGUGCCUGCUGCUGUUGUUGGGGUACGCAUGUGUCAACACAGUAAUCAUAUCACAAAUGGAUGAUCAGUUGCCGUUCAAGUUGGGUAUUCUUGAUGUAUCAGUUGUCUCUGUGACAACAGGACUAUUAAGUGUGGUGGCAGUGUUGCCUGGAGCAACAAUGAUAUCUUUUCUGUUUCGACUGCAUGGGGUCAAGCUGAUGAAGCCAGGAGUCCCACAUGCAAAGAACAGAAAGACUGAAAAGGACUGUUUUGAAGAUGCCCUUUCAGUAAAUGACAGUGUAUUCCACCUCACUUGGAGCAGUCUUAAGCAGUGGAUACAGGAAAUCUGGAGGAAGAAAUACCAGGGCACAGACCUGCUCUCAGUGUCCACUACGAUUCUGGAAAAAAAAGACACAGAUAAAGAACCUGUAAUCCGACCAGAUGUGAUCGUAAGAAAGGAGGAUGAUCUAGCAAUUGAGAGCAAUAUGGGACCAGUGCUUCAGAAUUUGUUGCUGAUUUCAGAGGUGAAAAAUGCUGAUCAAGCAAGUCAGGCAAAUGAGUUUGAUCUUUCAAGUGAAAGCAGCAAGUUUCAUGGAAUCCAGAAAGACCUUUUGUCCAGUAUGAGGCAUGAAGAUCAAACCAUUCAGAAAGAAAUAGAUUCUCAAGAAAAAUAUUCAUCACACUGUGGCUUUGAGGAAGGCAGCCAUCACAUGGCAGCAUGGUUUGGGCAUAGCAGUGGUUACCACGUAAUCGACAAACUGGAAGGGAGAAGAGUUGGACCAACAUACCAGAUGUGUCACUAUGUGGCCUCGGCCCUCUGUCUGCUACUGUCCAUCUCCUGCCUGGUGCUUGCUGCGGUGCUUGGAAUGAGAUUCAGCAGCAGCAAAGUUCUGCUUUGGAUACACUCUCUUUUCUUUUCUCUGAUGUCUUGCAUCUUCUUCAUCCAGCCGGCCACGAUACUUGCUGUGGCAGUGACUGUCUGCUUUUGGUACAGGAAAAGACCAGACUUUCAUACUUUCUUCAGAAUAGAAGAGUUUGAGAUAGAGGCUUCAAAACCCUGCAGCCACAAUGGUGUUAAUCAACCAGAAGAGCAGCUAAGGCCAUCUGCUUUCCCUCAGGAAAAAUGCUCAUGCCUUGAGAAGCUGCUUGCAGCUCGUCAGCGAGCUCGGUACCUGCGUCUUGUGCGCCCACCAAGUCCAGCAGAGCUGAGGAAAACUCAUGGGAGGAAAAGAAGAGAGAUUCUUAUCCAUAACACCCUCAGGGAUUUGUCCAUCUGUUUUUCCAUGGUUUUCCUGAUGCUGUGUGUGACGUAUGGCAGCUCAUUCACUGACCAUUACCACCUAAUGAAAGCUGUCAGAAAACAGUUUAUAAAGAAUGAUAAUAAAGAUUUUAUGUCCAUACAAAAGCAUGAGGACUGGUGGAAGUGGACACAGACCAGUCUGCUAAAUUUGCUGUACAAGAAUGCAUCAGCCAAAACUGAGCAGUCACACAUCUUGAUUGGAGAGCCAAUCCUGUGGAAGAUGGAGGCAUCCAGCUCAUUCCGGGACCACGUCUCCAGUGUGACUCCUGUACCAGAAUGUCUUCACUUAUUCUUAUCAAGGGGCAGAACAUCCACUUACCCAUACUACAUUGGUGGGGUUCCCACUGCAAUGCCCCCAAGGACAUGUGGUCACCUUGGCUGCUACUCGGGGCCAAGUAAUACAGUUUGCUUAGGCCAAACAAAGUCUGAUGCUGCAUCCAAACUGAGUCUCCUGCAUUCAGGUGGCUGGUUGGGCAGACAGACAGUGGCCCUGAAGGUGCAGUUCACCUUGUUCUGCCCUGCAACCAGCUUGUUCACCAGUGUGACCCUGCUCACUGAGCAGAGCCCCACCAAUGUUCUGUUGCCCUCGUCCAAAGUCCAGUCAGUUAGGGUGUAUCACACUCCUGCUGUGUGGGACUAUGUUGUCAUGGUGUGCCAGCUCCUCUUCCUCCUCUUGUCUCUGCUGCAACUCUGUCAUCAGGUGUGCACCAUGAGGCAGCAAGGGCUGAUGGGAUACUGGAGGACACCCUGCAACUGGCUGGAAGUCACUCUACUGACAGUGACCCUUGUGUACUAUAUUUAUUACAUCUAUCACUCCAUUGUUAUCAUGGAUGUUGUGGAGCUGCUGCAGAGACACAGAGGACAUGUUGAUGUCAGCUUCUUGGCUACCUGGGAGCAAGAUAUUCGUACUCUGCGGGGUAUUACACUCUUCCUUCUCACCAUGAAGGGUGUGACUGUGUUGAGAGUGAACAGGACCUUGGCUACCUCUGCUACACUCUUGACCUGCUCACUCUCCAACCUCCUCUGGCCAAUGAUUUCAGGUCCGAUCCUGCUGUUGAUGCUGUCCUGCGCAGGGAAUUUUCUCUUUGUACAAAGCUCCUGGGCUCUCAGCUCCAUUCCUCGCUCCCUUAAGACUCUGCUCUGUCACUACUGGGGUCUCAGACCUGCUAGGGGCCUCCUCCUCUCUGGGCAUGAUUUCCUUUACUGUGGAGCUCUCUAUCUGUCUUCCACUGUGGUGUGGAUAGCAGUGGCGAUAGAUAUGGUGUCCUCAUUCAUCAGAAGUGCCAGAAGAUCUCAGAGGCGGAGGGAUGUCUUCACCAUAGCAGAAUUAGUCAGCUACAUCAGACGGAGGACUUCCAAGUUCACUGGGCAGCGUGAACCAACAUGGAUUGAUAACCACGUGGAGAGAAGGACUUAUUACCUUGAAGAGUUUGAAAGCUUGAUAGACGAGCUAUUGUUCAGACUCAAUGCCCUCUCUAACUGCCUGCACCACAAUCUGCCCCCGAAAGCCCAUCACUACAUGGAGGAGGAGAGUCCCAUCGCCUCACCCAUACAGGAGCCCUCCAACAUGGACACACAGGACUCUGUAAGAACACAAAUAACAGAAGAGACAAUGAUGAAUGAUCACAUCGAUGUCACUAGCCAUGGAGAAACCCUACCUGCAUCUCACAUGAUCAGGUCCAAACUUGAACUAAAGAUACUGCAGUUCCUGCAGCAGCGAGGCCAACAGAGAAACAAUCCCUCCUCAGACAUUGUUUUGGCAUCUGAUAAUCUGCAGCAAACUGGAAAAAGAGCUGAAGAAAAUCCAAAUGACAGAGAGCUCCAGACUUAUUUAAGGAGACAAAACUGCCUGUCCUUCCCAGAGUCAACAUCACACAUGAGGAUUUGGACAGCAGAUGUUCUGGAGAAGCAGGCUGACCGGUGGACUAAACCAAAUGACGGUUGCUGGUUAAGUAAAAUGCAGGCCACCAAUACAGAGGUGGUGGUGGAAGUUCUGGUACAUGAGGAGCCUGGAAGUAUAGAGCCAGAUAAACAGUAGGGUCUCUGUGGAGAGGACAAUUCAAGCUGGUACACUGCAAGCAAUUAAAAAAAAAACACAUCUCAAAAGUUUGCAUUGUAAGAUCUUCUUUUCUGUCAAGAUAUGUAGAAUGGUACAGUAUUGUAUGUGUCCGGCAUCUAUUGUUUGCCAUCUACUUUGGUAAAUUAUAUUACCUGGAUUUCCAAACUACUCUUGGAACCAACUGAAAUAAAUCUUACAAGAAUUUUUGAUACUUUAUAGGUAAGUAGUUAAUGGCUUUGUAAUUCAGUAAUGGAA